AUGGCAGCCAGCUUCUGGGAGUCGACUCAACGUCGCUUCUGGAUCUUCACCAAGGACGAACUCGCAAGAACUCGCAACAAGCUGAGAGAGGAUGAACAGGCCUUGGUGGCAAUGUUCCCUCUGCCGGAAUGGAGGCACUUGAGCAUCUACUUCAAUCAGCAGGUUACCCGCCUAGCCAAAAGACUGGUCCUUCGCCAACAGGUUGUAGCGACCGCCCAAGUCUAUCUCAAGCGCUUCUAUACAAAAGUCGAAGUUCGCCGAACAAAUCCAUAUCUUUUAUGCGUUACAGCAUUGUACUUGGCAUGCAAAAUGGAGGAAUCGCCCCAGCACAUUCGAUUAGUAGUACAAGAAGCUCGAUCGUUAUGGCCAGACUUCCUCACCCUAGACAUGUCUAGGCUCGGCGAAUGCGAAUUCUUCCUCAUCUCCGAAAUGAAUGCACAGAUGAUCAUUCACCAGCCGUACCGGACGCUGACGACCUUGCAAAGCGAUUUCUUCUUGUCGUCAGACGAAAUCAGUCUGUCUUGGACCAUCAUCAACGACCACUAUAUGACAGAUCUACCUCUCCUCUAUUCGCCACACAUCAUUGCACUGACAGCAAUCCUUCUAUCCCUCGUCCUUCGACCGAACCCAGUGGCCGGAGGUCAGGCUGCCAGCAUGGCAGCUGCGCAAGCUGUUUUGGCGCAAGCGCAGACACAAUCGCAGUCGCAGAUGCAGGCGCAAGGAAGCCGAGGCCUGGGGUCAGGAUUAAGUAGUGGCCAAACAACACCGGGCGGAGCUUUUGAGAAAGACAACAAGUCAAACGAGGCGAGAGUGGGUAAGCUUCAACGCUUUGGUGCCUUUCUCGCAGAGAGCGACGUUGCGAUCGAAGACAUGGUUGGUUGCACCCAAGAACUAAUAGCCUUUUAUGAGGUUCAUGAGCAGUACAAUGAGAAAGCAGUUAGAGACCAGAUCAACAGAUUCAUCAAGGCACGGGGACUUGACAAAGGUUAA